UUUGAUAAAAUAUUCUUGUUUUCUGGCUGUUUUGGUUUAAGAAACUUAAAAAUGAUUUUCUUACGACUGUUAAAUAUGUUAAGCGUUAUUUGAUUUUUAUCUCUUUUCGACGCCAUUUUGAUUUUACACCUUCUGACUCAAAUAAUACUGGUUUUCUUAACUUCUACUGAACAGAAUUCAAUCAAAUCAGUCGCAAAUGAGAGUCAGACAUCCUGUGCAGAGAUAUUUUGAAGAAAAUACCGAGAAAAUGCGUAAAUUGAAAGAUUACAGAUGAGCAUUCAAUGAAGCAUUCUACAAACAUCACCGAUGCAUGUAAUAAAAUUUUCUUAUCAAAAAAAUGGUGAGUCCAUUGAUGUUUACAAAACAUUGCUGAUAUGGAUGUGUCAUUAACAUAAAGGAAAGGAAAUACUUCUCAGAAAUAAAAGUCUGACCAAUGUUUUGAAAUGAUAAGGAAGGUCACAGAGGUACCUAUAAUUAAAUAAUUAUCAAGCGAUUGUUCGGAUUAAUAUUUUUGCAGAGUUUAAUGACGAUUCUCUGAAUUUAUCCUGAUUAUUUAUUUGAAAUUAAUUUUAUUUUUUAAUCAAGAUCAGGAAUUUGUUGAAAUCUCAACAAAAAAUUCUUAAAGUUUUGCGUAAGAAGUUCUCAAACUCUUCCCAAUCAACAAUUAAUUUUAAUCGUUAGAAAAACAUGAAAUGAUUAAUCUUCUUUGAAUGAUUACCCCCUUAGUCAAUGCCACUGAAAAAUUUACCAUUUUUUCCACAAAGAAAUUCAUCAAACAAUUUAAUCGUGCUGUCGAGGCAUAAAACACAAAGUCUAAUUGCUCCCAUCUAAGUACUACAUAUAAUAUUUUUCUCGCACUCAGUGCCCCUUUCUGUGUGUUCUGUGUAGCCUCCCGGGGAUGUCUUAGUGGAGCUCCCGUCACGCAGCAGUGACUUCAAUGCGAUUGUUUGGGAUUCCUCAAUAAAUGUUGGGUGUACGUACACAACAGCACAUGAAUGCUGGAUCACCCUGUUGCUCCCACCAAAAACGCGCGCAACUUUUUCACUUUAGUGCGCGCUUUGCAUGGGACAGGUUUGGCCUGAAGUCUCUGAAAGUUAAUUUCAGUUACUGUUUGGAUACCAAUAGUGCUGGACACGAAGUUCUUGUGCGCCUCUUUGCCCUUUCCUUAGUACCCCACCCAGUUUGUGAUUCUUUUUUGGCAAAUCACUCUCACCGUUUAACUUUACUUGGUGGUGUCUCUUUAACGUUACACAAAAAGAGAUUUUUUAACGUGCAAGUUGUUCUUUCGUGGUGGUUUAUUUCUGUGUUUUCUUGUGGUAAACUAUUUAACUUUCAUAUACACGCCAAUCGAUUCUCUUCGGAUUGAGGCUUCUUAAGACGUGGGAUUGUGAGCUAUAUAGCAGCAAGAAAUUUUGGUAGAACAGCCCCCUAAAAAAAUAAAGAAAAAAAACGAAACCAAGCGAACGAAGCAACAAAAGAGGGAACCAAAAACACGCAAAAAGGAGAUAAAAUGGCAAAAUACGGAUUCUUACUUUUCGUGGUUCUUGUGGUGGCCCUAAAUGGAGCUACUGCCCUGAGGUGUUGGAGGUGCAGUUCAGAUGCCACGAAUGCUGCCUUCUGCGGAGAUCCCUUCGAUCCUAGCAUCCUAACGGAACAGCAACGGCGCUGGAGCUAUGUGGAUUGCUCCUUCCCACCGAGCCAACUCAAUCCCUACAGUUCCACACAAUCUCGUCCAGUGUGCAAGAAGAUGAAGCAGAAAAUCUACGACAAGAUUGUGGUUUCCCGCUCAUGCUUCUGGGAGGACAUCAACACCCCACCAGACACCUGCAUGAAGGCAACGACGCCGUCCUUCAUUGAGACAGAAUUCUGCGAAACCUGCUCGCAUGAUGGCUGCAACGGAGCCUCUCAGUACGGCCCAGUAGCCCUUCUCGUGGCCAUUCCCGCCGUUUUGGCUAAAGUGCUGGCCUGGUAGGCCGUCCCGUAGGGUCUCCUGGAUGUGACCGUUUUUUUAUUUCUAAAACAUUGCUGGAGGGAAAAGGCUCUCGCAUGACCAACUCGCCGGAAGAGUGUACUUAUGGGAACAAAUAACCUAAAAAAAAAUGAACAAACCUCCAAAUUACACCAAAUUGCCUUAAAAAAACAUGAGAAAAAUUCAAAAUGGGGCCUUUUUUCUCCAAAAUCUCUUUUCGAACUUUCUCAUAAAACAAAUAGCGAAGAUGUCAGUGUGAAGUAUAAAAUAAUUUAUUGAAAGAGGAAUCAUGCAGAAUUUUUUGUUAAGAAUUUAUUAUAAUAAUUACAUUGUAAAACGUAGAAAAUAGGAUGAAAAAUUAUUGAACAAAAAAUAUUUGAAAAAAAUGUAGAAGCAUCACAAAAUUGUAUUAGUAUUUUUCGAGGAUUUUAGUAUUCGAAUAUGUCAAAUUAUAUUAAAUGUCAAAAAAAUAAAUGUCAAAAUUUCAAAUUAUGUAUAAAAUUAUUUUUAAAUUGAGACCCUGCAUUAAUUAAAUUCAUUCCAAGACGAUAGAUGAUUUUCUCUAUUUUCAAUUUUUUUUGCAAAUACUCUGCACCGAAAGAAAUAAAAAAAAUCCUUAAUCCCAUUGCCUAUCUCAGUUCUAUUAGGUCUCCUCUAAUAAAGGUUAGUUUAACGAUUAAACACUUAAGGCAUCAUGUUACAGUGUAAAGUUGAUUGAUUUGUAAAUAAAACAGCGGAAAAGAGAAGAAA